AUGAAUAAGCACCAGAUGUUGGCAAGAGCCGGGGCCGCGGCGCUGCUGGCUUUGAGCUUGUUGCCCAGGCUGAACAAAUGGUUGAGUCGGAGAAAGGUGAACAAUUAUCUGACUGACAAGUCUUGGGACUGGAAAAGAGAGGUCGUGGUGGUCACUGGUGGAAGUAGUGGUAUCGGCGCCACGAUAGUUGCCAAGCUUGCGCAGAGGAACGUCAAAGUCAUCAUCUUGGACUUAAAUGGGCCCCAAGGUGCACUGUUCGAUCUGUCAGACCCUUCCGCCAUCGCCUCUGUCGCAGAUCGCGUUCGCAAAGAACACGGCGACCCAACUGUCCUCGUUAACAAUGCAGGUAUUGGAAAUGCAAUGCCACUCCUGGACCUGCCCGAACCCAAGAUCCGAAAGCUCUUUGAAGUGAAUGUUAUCGCGCUUAUCCUGUUGGUGAAGGAAUUUCUUCCAAGCAUGGUGCAACGAAACCACGGUCACAUCGUCAACAUAGCGAGCAUGGCCUCCUUCAGUACUCAAGCCAGCAACGUCGACUAUGCAUGUUCCAAGGCCGCAGUUCUCUCAUUCUCAGAAGGCCUCGCGCAGGAACUGAGACAUAUUUAUAAAGCACCCAUGGUGCGGACUAGCGUUGUGCACCCAACGUGGGUACAAACCCCGAUGAUCGCAAAGCUCAAGGAGCAGGGGAGGAUGCGGGAUCCUACUGUGACUCCUGAAGAGGUAGCUGGUAGAAUUGUCGACCAGCUCUACUCUACAUAUGGCGCACAGAUAGUCGUCCCCGAGAGUCUAGGAUGGGUUUCUUUUCUACGCGGCUUCCCUGGAUGGUUGCAGGAGAGUGUGCGAGACACAAGGACUAAAAGCCUAGCUAACGUACAUCAAAUGUGGCGGGACCGCACAUGUCAGAAAAACAUUAGGAAGAGCCAUAAUAACUCUAACUCCUAG